CGUUCAUCUCCUAGGGGCGCUCCUCGUCUUCCCCCUGCACUCUGCCGCACAUCCAUUGAGCCGCCGCGCCCCCAAUACCUAACCUGCCUUGGAUUGGUCGAUCUUCUCCCCGGACGUUUUCUCCAGGCAAGAAACACACGACAACGCUGCAGGGGCAAGCAACAAAGUUUGUCGAGACGCUACGUGGUCACCUCAAAAGUCUAGUUGAACAUCUUUGUAUCCGACCACACCGACAUAUCAUCUAACGCAUCCCCUUCCCAUCGAAACGAUGGUCAUCGGCUAUCAGAAUCGAUUGCCAGGGAACAAUUAACUGUGGGCAAUGCAUCAUGGAUGGCGCGGGCGAUGUCACCUUCUCCGCAACGGGCCAGAGCCCGCAGAGACAGCAGAGUCGCCCCGAACCUCGAAGGACCAAUCGUGCUUGCGUCGAAUGCACACGAAGGAAAAUAAAGUGUGAUGGCACUCUACCCUGCCAAAACUGUCGCAAGCAUUCUCUGGAGUCGAGGUGUAGUUACAGAAAGCGACAGCGGAGGACAAAUCCCUCCUGGAAGACCAUAGACCAGUUGAACGAGGCUCUGAACGCGCGCAACCAGAUCAUCAAGCAGCUUCUACCCGCAGUUGACUUCGACAGCCUCCCUGGUCUCUCUCGAGAGAACGUCAUCCGGCUGAUCAGCAAUGAGGUUGAUCCUCAAACACCCUCGCCAGCUGCCGACAGCGGUGUCGCCAAUGAGGUCGCGGAGGCCUCGCAAUCACUCAACGACGUCGCAGCCGAAGAAGAAUGGAAUGAGGCUCAGAACGAGGAAGGUUCGGAGCCACCGGUUGGCGAUGUUGUCAAUGGCCUCACCGUCCACCAGCGUCCGGGCUCCUACUCGCGCAUCUCCUCCACCGGUGCUUUCCUGCAUGUCCUUUUCAAUGCCUGCCCACCUGCAAAGCAAAAGUUCUUGGAUCUUGGAAAGUCGGCCUUCCAGAAACCAAAACAGCUUGUCAUUCGGGGCCCAAGCAAGGAGCCGCCUCAGGCGGCGCAAAAUGUCAGCCCUGUAUCCUCGACGCUUUCAUCCUUGUCGUCUGCACAACAGAUAGCAGUUGACGCGUAUUUUGAACAGAUCCACGCCCUGAUUCCUAUGGUGGAUGAGGGUCGCUUUCGUGAUGAGUUCUCGAGCCAAGAACGCACAGAUGACGGCUGGAAGGCGCUUUCAAGUAUGGUCCUAGCAUUGGGUUCCAUUGCAGCAGGAGACGAUCAAUCGCACUUCGCCUACCACGAGCGCGCGCGGAACGUCCUUGGCUACAACAUAUUUACCUCGGGAAAUCUGGAAAUGCUACAGGCGCUGGUUCUCUUGAGCGCUCUGUACUUGUACUACAUCAACUCGCCAAACACCGCCUUCUUAGUCAUGGGUACCGCGUUUCGGAUGGCUAUCGCAAUUGGCCUACAUCGUGAACCGGCGAGAACGACGAAACUCGGCCUGACGCCAGAGGAAGAAGGGUUGGCAUUGUCUCGAGCCGAGGUCAGACGGAGAACUUGGUGGUGUCUGAUCGCCGGCAACGCCUGGCAAGGACUGUUAUUGCAUCGUCCUAGGGUUGGACGAUGGGAUCCACUCACAAUGGACACUGCAUGGCCCUCUACGACACUCUCUUCAAUUUCCGCGCGGCCGGAGGCUGGUGCGCGCCAGAGACAUAAUGAGUCUGAGGACAGAGAUUGGCAUGGCAUAGCACUCCGCGUGACAGCCGAAUUUUGCAUCAUCGCACAAAGAAUCGGAGAUCGAAUGGCACAGUUGUCAUACAUUACACCCCGCGAGAUAUUCGCAUUCAGUGACGAACUCGAAAUCUGGAGCAAAUCUCACCAUUUUCGAUUCUUGUCGGAGAAUACAUGUCCAAAACGUUUCGAACUGAAUCGAGAGACCAUGAUGUAUCGCUUUUUGGGUGUACGCGUCCUGUUAUCUCGGCCACAUCUGUUGCGGUUGGCAGACGACGGAAUGGCCCACGACGCAUUCACAGACGACGACUGGAAAGUGGUAUCUCUCUGCCAAAAUUCUGCGAGUGAGGUUAUCGACUUGAUCUGUUCUGGCCUUCAUCACGACAGAGUUUCGGUCUGGCAGUCGACCUUUGCGCUUUUCCAAGCUUGCUUGAUUCCCCUGAUUUCUAUUGCCGUGGCGAAGAAAUUGAAUCUAUUUGGCGACGCCGCUGUCAGUGAGUGGAAACAGAGCCUAGACGGUGCUCUUCGUGCGUUCAAAGAUAUGAAUCCACAUACGAGGCCAGCGGACAGAUACGGCAGCAUUAUUGAGGCACUGCGCGAUGGUGUCGUGUCGUGGAAUGACCAGGACUCUCAACACGCAGCUGAUAUUGACCAAUACACAGAGUUUCUCGCCAACGUCAGAUCCGAGGGCGCGAUGGACUUGAUGAAUUUUGACGGACAGGACAUCACCGCGCCGGGUCCAUUCCUCGAGUGGUUCAAUUAUGAUCUUGCAUUUGGGGAUCAAGAACUGAACUGGUACCCUCUUCCUGAUCCUUGAUGUCGAUGGUGGCAUGGAUCCGAGGUCGCCCCGGGAUCGAUGGGAUGCUAUUCGACUUGAAAUUCGAUGCUGGCCAUUGUUAUUCCAACCGGAGGAAGUACGACCUUUUGGCGCGCACCAAUAGUCGACUAGGUUUGCGCUGACAUUGUCGAGACUUCUCACGCGCCAGUACACUUGCUUUCCCGUAGGGCAUCUUUUGAGGCGCCUGGCCCAUCCUGUGCAUCUUCAUAUCGUUGUGUUAAGCCACAACCAAGCUUUAUCUCCGCGCAAGCCUUCCGUCGUGCACGGUGUCGUUGCUUGGUCCGCUGUUGGUCAGAUCACCAUUUCAUUUCCGACGAGGUUCCCUGUGUUGCAAGUGUUCUUUGAAAGCACCUCGUGACGCCUCUGAGAAAGCGUCUUACAUUCGCUACUGCAUGGUGAUCGGAGAUCAAGACAUCCGCCAAAAUUGACUGACAGCUGCAAUCGACACUUACCGUCUGUUGCAACUGGAUUGCUCAAUAUACAGCAAGGAAUGUCAACACUGCAUCACGCGGAAUGUGUGCCACUUUCAAUCAAUGGUCUGUGGCUGCCAGGCCAAGGCUAAACACACGGACCCGCUGGAAUUGCGGACUGAGUCUCCAGAGGUCCUUGAGAUCAAACACGUAGAACCUAGCCACCGACCAUGGGUCAAGGGGAGGCACAGCUUCGGCUGCUGCCUUGGCGGCCAACGAACACCGACCCCAAGGAGAGCCGGCCAUAUUUCUUGCGCAAAGAUAAUAUACUAUCCUUGGUGGCGUAUAGUGAGGGCAGCCCGGAUAAUGUUGAGAAGACUGUGCAGGGUUUCAAGUCGCCGAGUCUCACAUCAGGGAGGUUUGCUCGAGUGGCAUUUCCCUUGGGGUUUAGGGUCCUCGAGCGGUUUUUUGACGUGCUCGCAGCCAUCUUCUUGCCAAUUUCGAACUCGGACAUCUUUUAAUGUUCCUUGGAAGCCGACCCCAAUGGAAACUGGUAUUUCAUUUCGACCACCGAGCUUCAUCAGCACUUAUCCCAAGCGGAUAUCGACGGAUUAUAGAAGCCCGAGGACGUUUGUUCCUGUUUCAAGGAAUUUUGGAAGGAGGGGGAGCUGCUUAUUGCAAGAUGAUAGUGGUCGGGGUUCGGUUCGAUCGCGUGAUCGAUCAUGACGGGGCUCUGG